UGUUGUUUGCUUUGCAAUAUUCCUGAAACGCAGCUGAUUCGUGACUUUCAUGCCCAUCUAAAACCAACAUCCGAUAUGGUCCUUUUGCAUGACUGCAAGUAUGUUUAUCGAAGUGUUGAAGCCAUUCCAGACCUGUCUCGUUGUUGGUCCAUCCAUUGCUUGUUGGUUUAAUUACCCAAUUGUGAGGAAGGCCGCCUUCAGUAUACCAACUUGAAAGGUGACAUUUCCCUUGAACUACUAAAAACGGAGGGAUACUCCCGCCUUCAGCAUUCACACAAACAAUUGCUGUAGCCCAUUCCCGAUUGCCAGGCUGAACUGCCUUGCCUCUGCCACGUCGAUCGGCGCGCGUAACAACUAAAGCUGAGCUAAUAACGCCCAUCAUGAAGCCCGUCUCGUCAAAGUUGUAGAAAUCGCAGUCUUGGAUGCCGUACUUUGCUCUCAUGUUCUGCACAAGUUGAAACCACGCUCCAAUAAGCUCAGGAUCUUCGCACAAGGCUCUUUGAAAGUCAUAAACGCGAUUAAAACGCGUCUUUAACUCGGGGCGGCGUUGUAUAAAUCGAUAUGCCCACCGCGUCCCAACGCACAAUGUCGACGCCAAAGUAGCACACCAUGAGACCUACGCCGAUCUCCCUCCCAUGGACCCCGUUGCCUUGAAGAAACUCACGCGCAAAUGCAACUUCCACGUCGUCCCGCCGCUCUUCGUCCUGUUCCUCCUCGCCUCCCUCGACCGAACAAAUAUUGGGAAUGCGAAAAUCCAGGGCCUGCUUCGUGGCUUACAUUCUGUUCGAGGUACCGAGCAAUAUCCUGCUGAAGAAGAUUGCUCCGAGCACUUGGCUCUCGUCGAUUAUGUUUUUCUGGGGGAUUGCGACGAUGGGACAGGGGCUUAUCAAGGACUUUGGUGGGAUUGUUGGGAUGAGAUUGUUUUCCAUGAUUACGUCGACGGUUUUUUCUGGGAGAUAACCAUCCCUAGGUCGUGGGGGUUGUGA